AUGAGACCAACAACGGUCACCAAAAACCAUCCGAACAACAAAGCAGAUGGAGCUGCCUCUCUGCUAAAAGCUUGCACAUCGCUUCGCCACCUUAAGCAAAUCCACGCCCAUAUCGUCCGGUCCAUUCUCCAUCGAAACGCCUCCUUAGCCUCCACUUUAAUCUCUCUCUAUGCCUCUCUCUCCUCUUCGCCUCGAUAUACCCACCUCGUCUUUACCUCUUUCGCGAACCCAAAUCUCUCUCUCUUCAACCACGCCAUUAGAGCUUUCUCUAAGACCUCGUCGCUCUGUGCCGAAGCGAGAAGUUUGUAUUCUCAGAUGGUUUGCCUUGGAAUAAGCCCCGAUAACUAUACGUACCCUUUUGUGCUUAACUCGUGUGCCGCGUUAAAUGAUCUUUGUGCUGGGAUUGAGGUCCAUGGACGCGUUGUUAAAAUGGGUUUUGGCUUUUGUGUUCCGGUUUCAAAUGCUUUGAUUGAUAUGUAUGGAAAAUGUGGGGAAUUGGAGAGGGCUCGGAUGGUGUUCGAUGAAAUGUCUGAGAGAGAUGUUGUUUCUUACAAUGCCCUUUUAGGGGCUCAUGCGAGAGGUGGGGUGGAUAUGGAGGAUGCCUCAGUUUUGUUUGAGGGAAUGCUGGGAAAAAAUGUUAUAUCUUGGAAUGCGAUGAUUGUGGGUUAUGUAAAUAGUGGGGAUCUGGUUUCAGCGAGGGCUGUGUUUGAUAGGAUGCCCGAGAGGAAUGUUGUUUCUUGGACUACGAUGUUGGUGGGGUAUACUAAAAGUGGGCUUAUUGAUCAAGCAAGGGGCCUCUUUGAUGAAAUGCCUGAACAAAGUUUGAUUUGUUGGACGGCCCUGAUUUCAGGGUAUUCACAAAAUGGGAGACCAAGCGAAGCGCUUUCACUUUUCCAGAGAAUGGAAAAGGCACCAGUAAAGCCAGAUGCUUUCACCAUGACAGCUGUGAUUUCUGCAUUGGCACAAUUGGGCCGUGCAGAUCUGGCAAAUUGGAUUGGGUCAUAUGUGGAUCGAGAAGGCAUAGAACAGAAUGAACAAGUGCUUACUGCACUAGUUGAUAUGCAUGCCAAGUGUGGGAAUAUGGAAGAGGCAUGUGGUAUAUUUGAGAAGAUCCCCCGAAAGGAUGUUUUCUCGUAUAGUGCAUUAAUCACAGGCCUUGCUUCUCAUGGUCAUGGGGUUAAAGCGCUUGAGAUCUUCCAGAGAAUGCUAGCAGAAAAUAUUGAACCUGAUGGCAUCACAUUUGUAGGGGUAUUCACUGCCUGCUGCCAUGCAGGACUCGUUGAAGAUGGAAUGAAGUACUGGGAAAACAUGGUUGAAGAUUACAAUAUUGAGCCUGAUGCUGAUCACUACACCUGCGUGGUCGAUAUGCUGGGACGUGCUGGGAAACUCAAUGAGGCUCACAAUAUGGUAAAGAGCAUGCCUAUGGGACCUCAGCCUGGAGCAUUAGGAGCUCUGCUUGCUGCAUGUAGAACAUACGGAAAUGUCAAGAUUGCAGAAAGUGUUGCCGAGAAACUCUUCGUGUUAGAACCUGGCAAUACUGGAAAUUAUAUGCUACUUUCAAGUAUCUAUGCAUCAACAGAACAAUGGGAUGAAGCCAGAAAGGUGCGGGAAGCAAUGAACGAGAGAAGUGCAACUAAGAUUCCUGGGUGCAGUUGGGUUGAAAUUAGCAAAGGUCAUGCAGCACAAAUGAAGAACCAAAUUUAA